AUCGUUGACUCCGCCACUGCUCUCUCACCUUCUUGUCAUCGCCUACAACUUGAGUCAAUUUUCCUAUCAAUUCGCCAAUUGGUAUCAUUUUGUACAAGAGAUCUAAGCUCGGCGGUGAGCUUUGACAAGUGCUGGAUUUUUCUAGGCGAUUUGGGUUUGGUUUCUUGUAAAUAAAGAACCGAAGAUUUUUUUUUUCCGCCAUUGUGAUUGUAAGAAAGAGAAAGGAAAGCAGAAGGUUUGAAGAGUUUCAGUUGUGUCUUUCUUUCCUUUUUUAUUCUUUCUUUUAUCUCAUAUGCGUGGAUGUAGGGAUUGGACUUGUGUAAUGUUGGAGUCAAAUAACAACCUUUGUCUGAAAUGGGUCUUCGUGAGUUCUUAUAUAGAUUGCAAAGACUCAACUUUUGGCAGCGGCAACAGUGGUGGCGAUGGUGGUGGUGGUGGCGGUGGCAGGUUAGCCAAGGGAGGAGCCCACAAAUGGGAGUUGAGUCCUAGAGGAAUGUUGGUUCAAAAACGAAACCCUGAUUCCACAAUGAAAGCUUUGGUUCAUCUUCUUUUCUUUCUCUCUUCUGCAUCGUUUUCUUUGGUAGGCGUUUAAAUUUUUUCUUGCUUUUUGUUUACUCUUUUCAUUUUUUUUUUGGUGCUUAGAUUCUCUGUUUUCUUGAAUUUGAUUUGGCACAUAGCGAGGGUCUUGUUUAUGUGUUGAUUUUGCUCAAAUCUUUUUUAAUUUAACCUUUUCUUUUGAGUAUUUGAGAGAUCCUUAUGGUUGUUAAUUUUUUUUUUUUUGGAUAAUUUUUAUUUUAAGGCGAGAUCUCAAGUAUGAGAGUUUUGUAUUAUUAACGUCUUAUAUUUGUUUCUCGAGAAAGUUGAGGAAAAUUUGAGGGAAGAAAAUAUAUGGAUAGGUUAGAUUUCCUUAGUAAUCUCUCUCUCUGUUUUUUUUCUUUUUUAUUUAUUUUUAGAGGGACAUGAAAGAAAAUUUGGUUGUAAAUUGUCCUACAUCUCCUUUGCUAUGCCAUAUUUUUAAUCAAUUCUAAUGUUUUAA